GUUCGCUUUCAUUUCCGAUAUGUUUCCAUCUUGUGGAAUUCCGCGGAGUAGAGGUACUGCGCAAUCGCAAUCCUUUGUUCUUUGGACCAAUUAUCUGUGUACGGAGUGCUUUGUACGGUUCUGGCUACAGUACACCGUCACUACGUGCGUCGACCAUGAUUCACCGCCAUGUGAUAGAGAUCGGAUCGAGAUCUCCUAGCUGUCUACUCUGUACUUGGCUGCUUGUUGUCGACCUGUCCACCUGUCUAGAGCGUAUCACUGCACUGUACAAUGUUCCCUCCGUAUGUCCAAGUAUACUCCGUGCUUGUUGCAGAGUAUCACUGAGGGUACAUGUACAUGUAGUUACAGAUGAAAAGCAGUGGCAAACCCAAGAAUCACAAGUACAUUGCAGAAUCCCUACCUCGGAAAUGGUUUCCUACAAUAGUCGCAUUUUAUCCUUGUAUAACUACAAGUAUGAUGCAGACACACUCCGUAAAACAUACAUACUUGUCUGUAGUUGUAUCGCAUACAAGGACGAUUUUGGUAUGCGGACGCGGCGUACUCCGUGAAAUAUGUAAUGCAUGGGUACCAAGUACCGGGGUAAGUCGAGUGGAAAGUUCUGGACGGAGAAUAUGACAUGUGGCAGGUCUUGUCGCUUGCUGUCAGUGGGGUGAGUUG